CCACUCUGAUAACCCGCUGGUUCGUGGGUCACAUCUGCAGUGGUCGUCGUCACGUCAGCAUGCUAGCGUGUGUUGUGUAGUGGAGGAUGCUGAUUUGCAGUUUUAGUUCUUAUUUUGGUAUUUACCUGAUGAUCUGAGUGACAUCCUGAUACAUCUACGAUUGGAAACAUGCCGGUGGACAAGACCAAGCGAGUUGGGCGUUUUUACUUCGGCGGAGUGGCCAGCGCUAUGGCUGCGUGCUGCACUCAUCCUUUGGACCUGAUCAAGGUCCAGCUACAGACGCAGCAGGAAAAAGUCAAAGUGCCCACCCUUGUCGGUCGUAUCCUGAAGAAUGAUGGUAUCUUGGGAUUGUACAAUGGCUUGUCUGCUUCUGUGUGUAGGCAGCUGACAUACUCCAUGACCCGGUUUGCUAUGUACGAGACAGUGAAGAAGCAGCUAACAAGUGACGGUAGUGUGAUGCCGUUUUACCAGAAGGUCGCUACUGCUGCUGUCUCCGGGGCAACAGGGGGAUUUGUGGGUACACCAGCUGAUCUCAUCAAUGUUCGAAUGCAGAAUGAUGUCAAACUGCCUAAAGACCAAAGAAGGAACUACAAGCAUGCAUUUGAUGGUCUGUACCGGGUGUUCCGGGAGGAGGGUGUCAAGAGGAUGUUUUCUGGAGCUUCCAUGGCCAGCUCACGUGCAGUGAUGGUUACUGUAGGUCAGCUUGCUGGUUAUGACCAAAUAAAACAAAUGUUGAUGGCUUCCGGCUACUUCAAGGACAAUCUGGUCACACACUUCACAUGCAGCACAAUGGCGGGGACGCUGGCUACCUUCCUGACCAUGCCCUUGGACGUGAUGAAGACGAGGAUGAUGAAUGCUCCUCCUGGUACCUACUCUGGUUUAGCAGCUUGUGCAUUGGAAAUUGGGAAAAAUGGACCACUAGGUUUUUUCAAGGGUUUUAUUCCAGCCUUUGUACGUCUGGGACCUCACACAGUCUGUACCUUCAUGUUCCUGGAGCAGAUUCGCAUGAAUUUCGGGGAUGAUCCUAAGUAGAUAUCAGAUUGGUUACAACUCCAUAAUAAUGUGUUUCCUCUGGAGAACCAUGACGUAUCUGCAUCUGAGCUCGGUGAUCUGUCAUUUCUGCAGUGCAAUCUCCAGAUGCAUUUACAUUGUCAGAAGUGCCAAAGUUGUUUGCUUACAGUUUAGAAAUUCCAGUGAAUGAGUACAAGAAUGUGAAGAGUUUGUGUUAAAGCCUGCUGUUAAACAAGAAGGGACCUCUAGUCAGAAUUUAUAAUAUCAGAGUCUACAGUUACUGUACACCUGGACUAAUGUAUUUUACACUAUAACUACAUCACUGAUAAAAUUAUUGUUUUAAUCACACCUGUUGAUUAAUAUAUAUACUUCUUUAUUGUUUUUAUAUACCUUCAUCUUCCGAGAUGAAAACAUUGAUUAAGACUUUUGUUAAAAGAGUAUUUUUUUCAUGGUCUAUAAAUUUUAAAGUUGAAAAUUUAUAUUUUGUUGUCUAUAAAUAAUUAUUUUGUCUUUUAAAAUAUAUUAUAAAUACGUAAGGAAUAAAAGCAUAUUGUUUAUAAUGAUUAUCAUCAAAGCUAGCUUUAGUUAACUUUACCGUUCUAAUAUGUUUUACAAAUGUACCUAGGGCAUACUGUGUUAGAAAGGGGGGCUAUACUUCAGUAGUUUUAUUGUACCAAGCUGUCUUGCCUAUUAUGGCCAGACUUUAUCUGCUGUUGUCAUUUGAAUUUUUUUUUUGAAAUAUGCGAGUAAUUUAUGUCCAGGUAUUGAAGCUGAUUACAUCUGAGACGUGUAAUAAAUAAAUGUGUUGGAUGGGCACAAGAUAUCAAUGUAUGAGUGUUUAUGUCAAUUUUGUUGACAAACAAAAUGUAUAUGAAAAUAUGAUAUAGAUUUUUUUUGUAUCGACACAUAAUUAUGCUUCGUUUUCUAGCACCAUCCAAAUCCUGCUAGACUCACCAAAUUUUUUGUUGCCUGAAGUAUUAUUGGUUAUUUUUAAGUCAUCUAGUCCUGGGGGCCUUGGUGAACAUUCUGAUUGGUUAUUUUUAGGUCACCUGGUCCUGGGGGCCUUGGCGAACAUUCUGAUCUAUCAGAGUUACUUCCCUUCUUUUCACUUUGUUGGUAUGCUGUAAUGGUAAUUUGUCAGCAGCUGUUUUUGUAUCAUUAUAACAUCCCUGUCGGCCAGUGGGGCCCAGGUCGCUGUCAGUUGAAGGUACUGAGAGUACAGAUUUAAUUCCAAUUCCACAGCAAUGCUUUAUAUGGCAGAAUGGAGUGUGUUUGUCUAUUCUAUAGCAUAAUGUUUUGUACAUGUAAACAAGGAUUUAUCCAGAAAAUGUUGAUUGUAUCAUGAUUAAAUCAAAAUCUAAUAUAACUGUAACCAUAAUUCAAGUACUGUAUAUGUAUCUUAUAUAAUUAAUGAUGUACUCAACUGUUAAUAUAGUGCACAUAGAAACCUACACCGAAAUUUUUGUGAAUGUUUUUGUCUUCGAGAUGUUGAAAAAAAAACUCAGGGUAACUUUAGUAGAGAAAAAUGUCAGAUCCAAAUAGCCACAACAUAAACAUUUAUCUUUGGUAUAUUGAUAUUUUUUCUCUAGCACAAAGUGUUUUUUGAUUAUUACUGCUCAGGUAAAUUGUAUUGCUCAGUGUACCUGUAGAGUUUAAAGUAUGACAGGAUGUGUUGAAAUCUUUAUGGAACCAUUAGAGUUUUAGCUUUUAAACUGUGGGUGCUUUAAUUAUGUAGAGUUUAAUUAGAAAAUCAUUGAAAGUUAGAAAAGCUUGACAGUGUAUUAUUACUUAUUCUUUAAUCUUAAAAUGUUUUAAUUGUUAAUCACUUACAUACAUUUUCACUUAUGUGAAUGUAUUCAAGAUUACAAAUCAAAGUCAUAAAAUGAAUACAUAUUAUGCAGAAUUUUAA